AUGGAUGAGCAACAGCAACAUUUUGAGAACGAGAACAAAGAACAGUUGGAAGAAUUUGAUAAAGCUUUUCAAUUGAUAAGAGAUAUAAUUAAUAAUAAUUGGGAUAAAUUCAAACUAAAUCUUAUUCCAUAUGUUAAAGGCUUGGCGAAUAAGACAUUAUUAUUAACAACAGAUGAAUCUAAUAAAACAACAAAUAACGAAGUUGAAGAUGAAGAGUUAGAUAAAAAAGCAUUUGAUGAAUUUAUGAGAAAUAAUUUUAAAAAAUUCACCGGAACAAAUGAGGAUCCAAGUGCAUGGUUAACAGAAGUUAUUAAUAAAUUCGAAUCAUUAACAAUUUUAGAAUCACAUUGGUUUUCAUAUUUUCCUUGGCUACUAACAUCUAAAGCUCGUUUAUGGUUUAGUACGAAUAAACAAGUUUUUCGGAUUUUGAUGAUUUCAUUGUGA